GUAAGCGGGGCCGGCUCAGUGCGGUGCGGCAGGCGCGGCUGUGCGGCAGCGGAAGUCCUUUGUUGCAGCACAGUCCCUGGCAGAGCCAGAACCUCUCCGCGCAGCCCAGCCCGAGCGCCCGCGCUUCGCCGCCACUGCAGCUCGCGGCCCCGUCGCCUCCGCCCGCCUUUCCCGUGGCUGAUUUGCCUUAAACUCCCUAAAAUCUCCGCAACCUCGGUUCCCGCUGUGGCCGAAACUGAUCUGAAGAUAUACAAUCCAGAGUGUUUGGAGAGGUUACCUCUGGGAAGAGGUAUGCAGCCUAAGGUCUCUAAUUAAUGAAGAUGGCAAAGCCCAGCCACAGCAGCUACGUUCUUCAGCAGCUAAACAACCAAAGGGAAUGGGGCUUUCUCUGUGACUGCUGUAUUGCAAUUGAUGACAUUUACUUUCAAGCGCACAAAGCUGUUCUAGCUGCUUGUAGCUCCUAUUUUAGAAUGUUUUUCAUGAACCAUCAGCAUAGUACUGCACAACUGAAUCUCAGCAACAUGAAAAUUAGUGCUGAGUGUUUUGAUCUCAUUUUGCAAUUUAUGUAUUUAGGGAAAAUUAUGACAGCUCCCUCCAGUUUUGAGCAGUUUAAAGUGGCAAUGAAUUACCUACAGCUGUACAAUGUUCCUGACUGCUUGGAAGACAUACAGGAUGCAGAUUGUUCUAGUUCAAAAUGCUCAUCUUCUGCUUCUAGCAAACAGAACAGCAAAAUGAUAUUUGGGGUAAGAAUGUAUGAAGAUACUGUGGCUAGAAAUGGCAAUGAAGCCAAUAGGUGGUGUGCAGAGCCAAGUUCAACAGUUAAUACACCACAUAACAGAGAGCCUGAUGAAGAGUCUUUACAAUUGGGUAAUUUUCCUGAACCACUAUUUGAUGUAUGUAAAAAAAGCUCUGUGUCCAAAUUAUCUACUCCAAAAGAACGUGUGUCACGACGCUUUGGACGAAGUUUUACCUGUGAUAGUUGUGGAUUUGGCUUUAGCUGUGAAAAAUUAUUAGAUGAGCAUGUGCUAACCUGUACUAACAGACAUUCGUAUCAAAACACGAGAUCCUAUCACAGAAUAGUAGAUGUUCGAGAUGGAAAAGACAGUAGUAUCAAGGCUGAAUUUGGUGAAAAGGAUUCUCCUAAGACAUUUUCUGCACAGACAGACAAAUAUAGAGGAGACACAAGCCAGGCUGCUGAUGAUUCGACUUCAACCACUGGAAGCAGAAAGAGUAGCACAGUGGAGUCUGAACUAGCCAGUGAAGAAAAAAGCAGAGCUGCUGAGAGGAAAAGAAUCAUUAUCAAGAUGGAGCCAGAAGAUAUUCCUACAGAUGAACUGAAAGACUUUAACAUUAUUAAAGUUACUGAUAAAGAUUGUAAUGAAUCCACUGACAACGAUGAAUUAGAAGAUGAACCUGAAGAGCCUUUUUAUAGAUACUAUGUUGAAGAAGAUGUGAGUAUUAAAAAAAGUGGUAGGAAAACGCUAAAACCUCGGAUGUCAAUAAAUGCUGAUGAAAGAGGUGGUUUAGAAAAUAUGAGGGCUCCUAACAACAGCAGUCCAGUACAAGAAGAUACUGAAAAUGCAUCUUGUGAGCUGUGUGGACUCACAAUAACUGAGGAGGACCUGUCAUCUCAUUAUUUAGCCAAACACAUUGAAAAUAUCUGUGCAUGUGGUAAAUGUGGACAAAUACUUGUGAAGGGUAGACAACUUCAGGAACAUGCUCAAAGAUGUGGAGAACCCCAAGAUCUGACAAUGAAUGGGUUAGGAAAUACUGAGGAGAAAAUGGACAUGGAAGAGAAUCCUGAUGAGCAGUCUGAAAUAAGAGAUAUGUUUGUUGAAAUGUUGGAUGAUUUUAGGGACAAUCACUUCCAGAUAAACAGUAUCCAAAAAAAGCAGUUAUUUAAACAUUCUGCCUGUCCUUUUCGGUGUCCUAAUUGUGGCCAGCGUUUUGAAACUGAAAAUCUAGUGGUUGAACAUAUGUCUAGCUGCCUAGAACAAGAUAUGUUUAAGAGUGCCAUCAUGGAAGAAAAUGAAAGAGAUCACAGACGAAAGCAUUUUUGUAAUCUGUGUGGAAAAGGAUUUUAUCAGCGGUGUCACCUAAGAGAACACUAUACUGUUCAUACGAAGGAAAAACAGUUUGUGUGCCAGACAUGUGGAAAGCAGUUUUUAAGAGAACGUCAGUUGCGACUGCACAAUGAUAUGCACAAAGGCAUGGCCAGGUAUGUCUGUUCCAUUUGUGAUCAAGGAAACUUCAGAAAACAUGACCAUGUACGGCAUAUGAUUUCUCAUUUAUCUGCUGGUGAGACUAUAUGCCAGGUCUGCUUUCAGAUAUUCCCAAAUAAUGAACAGUUGGAACAGCACAUGGAUGUUCAUCUGUAUACAUGUGGAAUAUGUGGAGCAAAAUUUAAUUUGAGGAAAGAUAUGAGAUCACAUUAUAAUGCCAAGCAUUUGAAAAGAACAUAAGUCAUUUUCUACUGUACUAAUGUUUAGUUGCUAGCAGACAGAACACCAAAGCAAAGGAUAUGAGCUAUUUAGAAAUUGAUUUACUAAGAUGAAUUGUUGAAAAAAAAUUUCAAGGCCCUUUUACUUUAAGUAUUUUUGUUUAGGAUCUUAAGUAUCUAUAUUUUAGGUGUUAUUAAAUGUUUAUCAUUUUUGUUUUUUCUUAAUAGAAUUCUUUGUUUUUAGUUUGUUUUAGCUAUUAUUAAAAUUACUUUUAAAUGUAGACUACAAGUGGUUGUUACCCCUUUCAUGACUAUUAAACUUUAGUUUCUUAUCAAUAAGGUGAUGACUUCACUAUUUCUAUUUUUUUUAACGUUAUUCUGUGAAAUUUUAAAUCCAACAUUAUUGGCCAUUCCUGUUUAAAUUUAAAACAAUUUUUUAAAAAAGUAAUUAGUUAUUUGAAUCUAUCCCAUUCACUUUUAACUUUUUUUUUUUUUCCCAAGCUAAACAGUGACUUAAUCACUGUUUAUUCCUCUUUCUUAUCAGUGAAAUUCACAUUCUUAUUAGGCAGGUUAGGUGCACUGAAUCUAACCUUGAAAGUUGACAUGGGCUCAAACUUGGCCUAAAAAGAUGGAUGGACCUAAGGAAAUUCCUAUAAAUG